AUGUCGCUCAACACACUGGCGGGCCGAACCUAUAACGAUUUGAACCAGUAUCCCGUGUUCCCGUUUGUGGUUGCAAACUAUGAGGCCCAGGAGCUGGACCUCGAGGAUCCCUCAAAUUAUCGAGACCUCAGUAAGCCCAUGGGGGCUCAGUCCGCAGCUCGAGCCGAGAGCUUUCGUCAGCGCUUUGAAGCCUGGGACGAGAGCCUGGACGCAGACACGCCGGCUUUCCACUACGGCACCCAUUACUCCAGUGCGGCUGCCGUAGCCACUUUUUUGGUUCGCCUGGAACCGUUUGCCGAGUUUUUCUUGCAGAUGCAAGGCGGGCACUUUGACCAUCCGGACCGCAUGUUUCAUAGCAUCGGAGAGAGCUGGCUAUCUGCCUCGGCUAAGAGCAACGCAGACGUGAAGGAGCUCAUUCCCGAGUUCUUCUGCUUGCCCGAAUUUCUGGUCAACUGCAAUCGCUUUGAUUUGGGGAUUAAGCAAAGUGGCGAACCUCUGGACCAUGUUCUCUUGCCACCCUGGGCCAAGGGCGACCCUCAUCAUUUUGUGCGAGUACAUCGCGCUGCCCUGGAAAGCGACCUCGUAUCAGCGCACCUGCACGAAUGGAUUGAUCUGAUUUUCGGCUACAAGCAGCGGGGGCCAGAGGCUGUAGCCGCGCUCAACGUGUUUCAUCACCUGACCUAUGAAGGCUCGGUAGAUAUUGACGCUAUCCAGGACCCAGUCCAACGGCGGGCUACGAUUGGCAUUAUUAACAACUUCGGUCAGACGCCACGCCAGUUGUUCAAAAAGCCGCAUCCUAACAAAAAAACCAUGUACCGCCAAACUGUUGGACACAGCGUCAAAGCGACCGCUGCUCUCGCCGGCAUGGUUGUAUCGGCACACCCUAUUAAGGUGAUCAAUGCCCCCGUCGGACAGCUGGCCCUUGAUGAGACAGGGCGAUUGGCUGUCUGUGCGUUUGGCCAGGUGCUGCUGCCGUCUUCCUACACACGUUGCUUGGACUUUACUCAGGAGCUGGGUUCUAUCGUGAGCUUUGACCUGGUGUCGGAGCGAACAGACUCCACAGUUUUUUAUGAAGGACUACACCAAUGUGCAAUCACAUGCGUAGUGGCCCCCUCCUCUCGGGAGAUCUGUACCGGUGGUGAGGACGGCACGAUUCGCAUGUGGCAACUCUCGCGCGACAAGACGCCUCGGCUGGAGUUGCAGGAAACCCUGACGGGCCAUGUGGGACCCGUCACUUGCUUGGCGUGCAACGCAGCUUACCACACGUUGGCCAGUGGCUCAGAGGAUGGAACUUGCAUUUUGUGGGAUAUGGCGCGGCGCAAUUAUCUCCGGCAGUUGCGUGGGCACGACGGCAGUGUAGUGGACAUUGCCAUCAAUAAUCACACUGCAGACAUUGUGGUGGUAACAAGUACCGCCAUUUAUUUGUGGUCUCUCAACGGCACUCUCUUGGCCCGCUCCAUCGUUGCCGCCAUCAACAACCCCAUUCUCUGCUGCACCUUGAGUGAGGUGUGCGAGUACUCGCUCGAGGAUUUGAUUAUUACGGGCCAUGAAGAUGGUCGUAUACGCAUGUGGGAUCUGCACUACACACCUGUUGAAGUGGAUGUGGAGGUGGCCGAGGAGUUGCCCCAGCUACAUGAAACGAUGGGCACUGGCCAGGUACCGUUGGAUCUCCCGCUUGGCGGUGUGCAUGGGCAACCACAAUUCGUCGCGAUGGGUGACUCUGAAGAGCCCGCGCUAGCCGUGGUCUGGACGCGCCAUCUGCGAGCGCGGGUGGCCUUGCCACUGGAGGCAACACAUGCGCCGCGGCAGGCCGACCCCUCGCCCAUCGUUGCACUUAGCGUAGACAACAGUGCAGGCAAGGUAUACACGGGUUCGGAUAAUGGGCAUGUGUAUAGCUGGACAUUGCCUGACGUGGCUGGACAAUCCAACGACCAUUGGGCGGACGAUGAUGCGGCCACGAGCUGUAUGGAAUGCGGCACCAAGUUCACCCUCACUGCGCGACGUCACCACUGUCGGAAUUGUGGGCGCGUGGUGUGCCACAAGUGCUCCAGCCAUUCGGCUGUCAUCCCUGCUUUGCACAUUAACCGCCCCGUGCGUGUCUGCAACUCAUGCUACGCGGGCAUCCGCCAACACGCACACGACAUGGACCCUGACAGCAUUGCCUGA